AUGAGUUCAUAUAUCUAGUAUUUACUUUAGUGCUAAUCUCUUCAAAGUUCAUAGUGACAAUUUCUUUUUCGGAUGUGGUUUUUUCUUUUCUUUUUCCUUUCUUGUCGUUCUGUUAGUUUAAAUUACAUGGGUUUAGAAUUUGGGCUGGAAUAGGGACAAUAUAUUGAUGCAUUCUGCCAACCACAAAUUUGAUAGGCCUGGCGAAGCUGAAGCCUCCAUUCAAAAGAGACGGAGCAACAAUUACAGCCAGGUCAGUGAUGGUGCGGCUGUAGUGCUUCUCAUGAAGAGAAGUAUAGCUAUGCAGAAGGGACUUCCAAUUCUUGGUGUUUUCAGGGAGUACUCAGGACCAUCCCUUAGCUACUAUAUCAACAACUUUAAGCCCAUGAAAGUAGUCCAAGCUUCAGCACACUUGCCACAAAUAUUGUGUUGUUAUAGUGGUCUCGAUAAUUUAUUUCUUUCUUUUGGAGACGGAUACAACACUCCAGAAGAUAACAUUAAGCAGUUGGAAAUGUUUGACAAGGAAAGAAUCGCAAAGUUGAAGAAGGGAAUUCUAAUUGUAAACAGUGCUCGAGAAGCAAUUAUGGACACUCAAGCAGUUGUUGAUGCUUGUAACAACGGUCACAUUGCAGGUAUUUUAACAUAA